UCUCUGUGUGUCUUUCAGGAAGUGUUGUGGUGGGGGUUUCUUGGGGAUCCAGCUUUAGUGCCAGGGUUUAUAACCCGGUUCUUUGCGCGUUUGCCACUCGCACGGUCGGAGCCAUGCAGCUGGACAACGUGACCAGCGCGGGUGUCCACUCCUUCCAGGGCCACCGUGGAGUAGCCAACAAGCCCAAUGUGAUCCUGCAGAUAGGGAAGUGCAGGGCAGAAAUGCUGGAGCAUGUCCGGAGGACCCACCGGCACCUCCUGACAGAGGUCUCCAAGCAGGUGGAGCGGGAGCUGAAGGGAUUGCAGAAAUCCGUGGGGAAGUUGGAGAACAACUUAGAGGACCACGUCCCGACUGAAAACCAGAGAUGGAAGAAGUCCAUCAAGGCCUGCCUGGUCAGAUGCCAGGAGACCAUUGCCCACCUAGAGAGGUGGGUCAAGAGGGAGAUGAAUGUUUGGAAGGAGGUCUUUUUCCGCCUGGAAAAGUGGGCUGACCGCCUGGAGUCCAUGGGAGGCAAAUACUGCCCUGGGGAGCAGGGCAAGCAGACGGUGUCCGUGGGGGUGGGAGGCCCAGAGAUAAGGCCAGGUGAGGGGGAGAUUUAUGAUUAUGCCCUGGACAUGAGCCAGAUGUAUGCCCUGACCCCUCCUCCCGGGGAGGUGCCUAGCAUCCCCCAGGGCCACGAUUCCUACCAGUGGGUCUCCGUGUCCGAGGACGCUCCAGCCUCCCCGGUGGAGACCCAGGUGUUUGAGGAUCCCCGGGAGUUCUUGAGCCACUUGGAGGAAUACUUGAAGCAGGUGGGUGGGACAGAGGAGUAUUGGCUGUCUCAGAUCCAAAACCACAUGAACGGCCCAGCUAAAAAGUGGUGGGAGUACAAGCAGGACUCCGUCAAAAACUGGGUCGAGUUCAAGAAAGAGUUCCUGCAGUACAGCGAGGGAACUCUGACUAGGGAUGCUAUCAAAAGGGAGCUGGAUUUGCCCCAGAAAGAGGGGGAGCCCCUGGAUCAGUUCCUUUGGCGCAAGAGAGACCUGUACCAGACCCUCUAUGUGGAUGCAGAUGAGGAGGAGAUUAUCCAGUACGUGGUAGGAACCCUCCAGCCCAAACUGAAGCGUUUCCUGAGCUACCCCCUGCCCAAGACCUUAGAGCAGCUGAUCCAGAGGGGCAAGGAAGUCCAAGGCAACAUGGAGCACUCUGAGGAGCCCAGCCCACAGAGGACCCCCGAGGCUCAGCCAGGAGACUCCGUGGAGACCGUGCCCCCCUCCACCACCGCCAGCCCCGUGCCCAGCAAUGGGACUCAACCUGAGCCCCCCAGCCCCCCAGCCACUGUCAUAUGAGCUGCCCUCAGGGGGGUCUGGGUUCCGUGGAAGGGAGAAGGGGGCUUGUUUAGGAAGCUUCUCCUUGGAGGGAAGUUCUGGCUGAGACGAGACCUGAGGAGUGCUCAGUCCAACAGCCCGGAGCAGAGGGGUUGACUUUGCUCCU